AGCCAGGCUGGUGCCUUUUCUGGAAUGCCAGCUAAUGUUUCUGGCACUUCAACAAGGAUGUUGGUGUUUCGUUUGUCAGUGAUGAUCAAGCUUUUCUUCCAGUUGGAUGCAUCUAUUUGUCCUGAGAAAUGUGACUGCUCUACAAAAAAUGCAAUUUAUUGCUCUGGCCCCCACAUAAAAGACCUGGAAUUGUUAAAUCUGCCUUGCAACAUGACUGAAAUUCACAUAACAAAUGCUAACAUAUCAUACUUGCAGGAUGUUUUUGCUAGGAUGGAGGAACUGCAGCAUCUCAUCCUGUCUUCAAACAACAUCGCUCUGGUUUCACCAACAGCUUUUAAAGGCUUGGGAAGGCUAAAAGUCCUCAAACUGCUGGAUAAUAAGCUGGUUGAACUUCCACCAGAAGUAUUUGAUGACAUGGUGCAGCUUCAGCAAUUGAUCAUUGAAAGUAACAGGUUGAAAUCUAUUGAGGAAAAUCUGUUUGACAAACUGGCUGGUUUGCAGGAGCUUUACUUGAACAAAAACCAACUAACAGCACUUCACAGUGGUGUGAUGAAGAAACUCACCAAACUCAGAGUAUUGAACUUGUCAAGAAAUUACUUAGCAGCACUGCCUAGAAAUAUAUUUAGUGCAUUAGCCAGGCUUGAGAGGUUGAUGCUGUAUAUUAAUAGGCUGUCUUCAAUAGAGUCUGGUGUGUUUGAUAGCCUGAAGGAGCUGCAGGAGCUUUUCCUCCAUUCCAAUAAUAUCCAUUCCAUCGCCCCUGACGCAUUUCAUUUUCUUCGUAAACUAAGAACGCUGACACUCUCCAGGAACAGGCUUCAGGUUUUGCCUUCUGGGCUUUUUUUGCACUUGCAUGACCUGUCUAAACUGACCUUGUACAGGAACCCACUGAAGUCUCUUCCAGAAGUACUGUUUGGAGAGAUGAGGCAUCUUGGUAGCCUAUGGCUGUAUCACACAAAGCUCUCAACAAUACCAGAUUUUGUGUUCAGUAACUUGACAAAUUUAGAGCUUCUUGUGCUGAGUUUUAACCCAGAGCUUACGGUUCUUCCUAGGAAUGUAUUCAGUGGCCUGAAUGAACUGCGGGGCCUUUCUCUCCAUACAAGCAAUAUUUCCAGUUUGCCAGAGGGAAUAUUUCUGAGCCUUCAGAAACUGCAGAACAUUUCCCUCUUUGAUACAAGGCUUGAGGUUCUUCCUAGAAACCUCUUUCAUAAUCUCAAGCACCUCCAGAAAGUUUACCUGAAUAGUACUAACCUGCAGUCUCUUCCUGCAGACUUCUUUACUGCUUUACCUGAGCUGGAAGAAGUUGUCCUUGACGACAACCCUUGGAUAUGUGAUUGCCAAAUUCUUGGUUUCCGAGAAUGGCUCCAAAAGAACACAGCAGUAGUUAAAAAUGUGCCAUCUCUGAUGUGCCACAGCCCAAUGGCACUGCAGAAUAUUUCUCUUGUGUCUCUAAGCAUCGAUGACCCAGAGUGCCUGCCAACCACAGCUAUGACCUAUCAGACGUUCAGCUCAACUUUGACAUCUGUGAUGGAGCACUUCACAUCAUCUCAGGAGACUGCUGUAACAGUGCUGUCUGACAUGGACAUCACCAGCACACCCACAUCAAUCCCUCCUGCAGCUCCAGGUUUUACCUACUCCCAUGUUGAAGAUGUUGGACAACCUGGGCUACAUUUCUCAGAUGUUCCAGUCCAAACUUCUCCAAACAUCAUAGCACGAACCAGCAGUGUUAGAGGGACAGAUUUGACUACUCUUGUCUGGUGGGAUGAGUUUCCAGCCCACAGCAGUGCUAAACCCUAUUUUAAUACCAGAGUUACUUAUUGCCAGCUAUUCUUGUGUGUUCACAGUUUGAUUUUAACACUCCAGACUGUAGUCAUUGUGCUCAGUCUGUAUGUGAUGGGUAACACCAGGCAACUCUUGCUCUCCAGAAAUAUUCCUGCUCAGCCUGUAGUUCUGAUAAGUAUAUUAAGAAGAUAG